AUGUGCUCGUCGUUGGCAGCGGCAACCGCCCAGUCCGAGGCCCAGAAAGUGUUUAUCAUCGACAAAUGCCCCGAAGAAUGGGCCGGCGGAAAUUCUUUUUUCACUGCAGGAGCAUUUCGCACUUCUCACGACGGCCUAGAGGACCUUCUUCCCUUGGUGAACAAUGUUGAUCAGACCACAGCACAGAAGAUUGAAAUGGCUGCCUACACCGAGGCUGACUUCACCGGCGACAUGAACCAGCCAACGGAAUCCGCUUUCAGCUUUCCUUCAACCGUCAAGCCUACGAAGUCAACGGCAAGAUCUUGGUUCUGGGGCAGACUAGCCCUCAAAACCGAAGAUGGGGGCAAAGGACUGAUUCAAGACCAUAUCCAUGCCGCUCAGAAGCAUGGGAUCAGUGUUUUCUAUUCGACCGCGGCACAGCGGCUCAUUCGCGACCAAGCCUCCCGCGCCGUGACAGGAGUCGAGGUCGUACAACCGGGCCAGUCCUGGGUGUGGAAUCUGAUGUGA